CGCCAUAUCUACCCGUCGCCAAUCAAGGGGGCAGAAGGCGCGCUGGGCAACUUCCAUUUUUGCCGAGGCGUCCACUGGCUGCGACGUAUUCGCCGAGCCGCAAUUGCACGGUCACGCGGCGUGGUCGACCGUGUUCUUUGCAAUGAACAGCGCCUGCCUUUGGGCCCGCGCAUUGGCAAUGUCAUAUGCGGCGUGAAAGGCAUCGUGGUGGGUGAGGGCGCUGCUUUCGCGGACCUGCCUAUGAAAACCGACGGGGACGACCGCCGCGCGCGGAAAAGCGCCGUGCCCGUGAUGCGCCCGAACCACGGCCGCCAGGCAGCGUCGGCUUUCGGAGCGCGCCCCGCCAUCCAGGAUGACGCCGUCGGGUGCUGCGAUAUGGUCGAGGGCCCUUCGCUGAGGGUGGUUGACAUCGACGACCUGCCCAAUGCCGUGGUGAGGAAAAGGCGCCCAGAGGCGGCCUGCGCGUUCCCUGAGAUCACAUGUCCAGUGCGCCUGUUCUUCGCGGCGGUGCUCUUCGCCGCCGUUGAGUCCAGCGCCAAGAAGGAAUGCGACGACAUGUGUCUAGCAACUGCCUUGAGGAACCUCGGGCGCAAGGCGCUGCAGCGCGUUCAGAUGCCGCGUCGCGACUCGGGCCCAGCUAAGUGCGUGGCGCGCGUCUUCUUUCAUUUCGUUGCCGUGGAAGUACUCGAGGACGGAUGCGAUGUCAUCGAUGGCGACCAGCGGUGCCAGUUCGACGGCACGAUCCGCCUUCUCCAA